AUGGCACGUCAUCUUCUUCAGUCCCCUAGUUUCUCAACUCCCGCUACUCCUAGGUUUUCAACGCCCGCUACCCCAAGUUUCUCAAUGCCCGCUACCCCAAGUUUCUCAAAGCCUGAUACUCCUAGUUUCUCUAAAACCGAUAUUCCUAGUUCUCCAAAGCUCGAGACUCCUACUUUUUCAAAGCGUGAGACUCUUACAUUCUUAAAGCCCGAGAUUCCAAAUUUCUCUAAGCUUGAGAACCUGCCCGAGACUCCUACCUUCUCAAAUCCUAAGACCCCUAGUUUUUCAAAGCUCGAGACUCCUAUGUUCUCAAAGCGUGAGACUCGUACUUCCCCAAAUCCCGAGACCCCUACAUUUUCAAAGCCGGAGACUCCUACUUUCUCAAAGCUUGAGAUCCUAAGUUUCUCAAAGCCCGAGACCCCUAGUUCUCCAAAACCUGAGAUUCCUAAUUUUUCAAAGCCUAAGACUCCUAGUUCCCCAAAGCCAGAGAUCCCUAAUUCUCUAAAGCUCGAGACCCCUAGUUUUUCAAAGCCUGAAAAUCCUAGUUUUUCAAAACCUAAGACUCCUACUUUCUCAAAACCUGAGACUCCUAGUUCUCCAAAGCCGGAGACCCCUACUUUCUCAAAGCCUGAUACUCCUACUUUCUCAAAGCCAGAAAUUCCUAGUUCCCCAAAGCCUGAGACCCCUACUUUUACCAAUAUUGAGACUCCUACUUUCUCAAAACCCGAGACCCCUAGUUUAUUAAAGUCCAAGACCUCAAAUUUCCCAAAUUCCGAGAGCCCAAGUUCUUCAAAGCCUCAUACUCCUAGUUUCUCGAAACCCAAGAUCCCUACUUUCUCAAAGUCCGAGACCCCAACUUCCUCAAAGUUUGAGACCCCAAGUUUUCCGAAUCUUGAUACUACUAGUUCCUCAAAGCCUGAGACUCCUAGUUUUUCAAGGCCCGAGACACCAAGUUCCCCAAAGCCCGAGAUGCCAAGUUUAUCGAAGCCUGAGACUCCUAGUUUCUCGAAGCCCAAGAUUCUUAGUUCCCCAAAGCCUGAGACACCAAGUUCCUCAAAGCCUGAGACUUUUACUUUCCCAAAGCCUGAGUCUCCAAGUUCCCCAAAGCCCGAGACCCCAAAUUUCCCAAAGCCUAAGACUCCUAGUUCCCCUAAGACCGAGACCCCAAGUUCUCCAAAGCCUGAGACUCCUACUUUCUCAAAGUCCGAAACGCCAAGUUCGUCAAAGCCAGAGACUCUGAUAUACCUGCUAGAUGCUCUAUUCAGUGGCAUCGCCGAGGAGGGGCCUGCACCAACACAUGCCAAGGGUAAGCGGCACCGUUCUCAUCGCACAGAGGAAGAGAAGGCUCAGAAAAGACAGCGUCGGCAGGAAAAUGAGACUCCAAGUUCUCCAAAGUUAGAGACUCCUAGUUUCUCAAAGACUAAGAUCCCAAGCUCCCCAAAGCUUGAAACUCAUAGUUUCUUAAAGCCCGAGACUCCAAAUUUCCCAAAGCCUGAGACGCCAAGUUCCCCAAAGUUUGAGACCCCAAGUUCUCCAAAGCCCGAGACUCCUACUUUCUCAAAGCUGGAGACCCCAAGUUCUCCAAAAUCUAAGAUGCCAAGUUCCCCAAAGCCUGAGACCCCAAGUUCGCCAAAGCCCAAGAUUCCAAGUUACUCAAACCCCGAGAGCGCAAAUUCUCCAAAGCCUGAGACCCCAAGUUUCCUAAAGCUUGAAACUGCAAGUUCCCCAAAGUCCGAGACCCCAAGUUCUCCAAAGCCCUAG